AGUCUACAGCUGUUAGUCACAUGUGUAAGACGUGUUAUUAAGAUCGCGCUCGGUUCCCGGCUCUUUUUUUUUCCAAAUUUCAAUAAACGCGUCCGUGUGCGUGCGGGUGUGUAUGCGAGUGUGAGUGAUGUUACUUAAUUUAGCCGCUUUAAGGCUAAAAAAUAAAGAUAUUUUCUUGAAUAAUUUGUUUGUUUGUUUGUUUGUUUUGCGAAAAUUUUAAUUUAUUUACCUAAUAACGAGUUGAAUUGCAAGAAUGCGAAAAACUGUAUUCGAACGAUGGUUAACGCAUGAAAGAUUUGAAAAGAAAAACGAUUGUGCGAUUUAUUUGAAAAUUGAGCGAAAACGUACUAACACUUGAAGGCGUUGUGUACAAACACAAAAACCAAUUCGCAUAAAUAAAUGCCUGUAAGUGCGGCUUAGAUUUUUUUACUUAUAAAUAAUAUUUAUUUCGUUUAUCGCAAGAGACAUCAUAUCUACCUGCGGUACUUCUUCUUCUACUUCGGUACCUUAAUAAUUCAUUUUUUGUCGUUUUCUUUUCUUCUCAUGGAUAUAUUCGAAUGAAAUUGAUUCGUUUUGUCGGGAUCAGGCGCGGAAAUCAUAAUAAUGAAUACUGAUGAUGUAAAUUUAAAUUGUAUAUCUCAACGCAAUACGGACGAAGGUUCGAAAUGGUUAUGCGAUAUCGAAAUGCAAUCAAACUGUUACUUUAGCCUGCCAAAUAAAGAAUUGGAGAACACAAUAUCGGCCUGGAAUGGCUUGGAAAAUGCGACAUCGCUUGAUCGUUGCAUUGAAGGUAAAAAAGCUUUUAACGCUUGUCGGCCUAUAACCGGCAAUUGUAUACGAGAAGACUUGCUGACAAGAGAUAAAUAUCAUGCUUGUGAAAAUUUAAGUAAAGAAUCAUUUGGUCUAUCGGAAAACUUAUCAAGAGAGUCAGUACGAAGAGCUUGCGAAGUUAUUAGCGAUGAUUUAAGUGACAAUGAUUCCAAUGAAGUACAACAUGUGUCUGAACAAUUGCGACGGUCUUUGCAAGCGAAUGGUGCGGCUUGUACGGAAAAGGCAAUUAUAGAAUUACCUUCGGAUGAUGCAUUUGAUGCCAUUCAGGAGUUAGAUGCAAUUCUAGAGAUUCAUGAUAAAUCCCUCACCGAUUAUUCCUCUUGCUCACUCAGUCGAACUGAAUCUGAUGUGGAGCAAACUCGUGUACAAGACUGCUUGGAAGAUCUUGACAAUUAUUUGGAACAAAUGGACGAAUGUAGUGUUGCCUCGAAUACGCUGCCACGUAUUGAGAGUGGUACCUUGCCUUUAAUAAAAAAACUUCCAUCCACUAAAUGUUCCGCGGAUAGCUUUCAACGCAACGCAGACGUAAGGAAAACAAUUAGCUGCAUUGCUGAUAAGCAACUUUUGAAUGGUAGCAAACAGAAAAUUUUUGAUUUAAAUGAGGCCGAGGUAGAAAGCAAUAAUUGGAUUAUGAAUGAGCAUCGAAAUGAAAGAAGACUUUCCGCCUCCAGUAUUAGCUUUAAUAGUGUUUCCGAAUCGGAAGAAAAAGAUUUGAGCCCCACUUCAACCGAGAGGACUGAAACUAAGACUUUGGCAGCGAGGAGUACACCACCAAAUAUAUUGACCGCUGAGCAAAUUUUCCAAAAUCUUCUCGAACAAAGCGCGAGUUCAUAUGCAAUAGACGAAAGCACACCACGGCAGUAUGGCAGACGAGCUGAAGGUACUCCGCGCAUAUCAAUGCCAUCUAUAAAUGCAAGCGGAAGUUGUAUUAUUGUAAACUAUCAAGAUUCUAGGCCAAGCAGUGCACCGAUUGCUUCGCUAGAGAAUACACGCAGUUCCAGUGGCUUUAUAUUAGCAGAGCAUAGCCAAGAUAGCGGAGGGGGUCAAACAUUGCAUAUUGGCUCAGAGACUAGUACAAUACAUUCGUCGCAUAACACAAGUGCGGUUUCCAUUGAAACAAGUUCGGAGUCGAGCGAUUGCUCAACCUCACUACAUCGCGGCGCAGAAACUAGUUUGGAAAUGAACGAAACCGAUAUUAAUCAUGAAAAUGUGCGGGACUCGCAAAAGCGUGGCUUCAACUCUAUAUGGCCAUGUACCGGCAGCCGUACCAUUGCAUUGCUCUCGUCGACGCUAGGUCUUUUCAAUACGUGUCGCUUUGCCGUGUUGACUGUCAAUUAUGGCGGCAACUUCCUCAUACAGUUUCUAUUGCUUUCGAUAAUAUUUGGAAUUCCAUUUUUUUGGCUGCAAAUGUGUUUGGGUGCCAAAAUCAAAGCUGGCCCGGUCUCCAUGUGGCGGAUAAGUCCCAUUUGUUGUGGCAUUGGCUUGGCUUUAGUUCUAGUGCAAUAUCUUAUUGCGAUCUAUUCGUCAGUAAUUAUAGUUUGGCUUUUAAUAUUCAUCCACGAUACGUUCAAGUAUCAAUCCAAUUAUCGUUGGAUGGAUCCGAUAUAUCCGUCCAUUUAUGAAAAUCACACCUCAAGCGUAAACGUUAACCUCACACAAUAUGUACCGGAUUACUUUAAUAUAAUCAUUUUGCAAAGACUGAGAUUAUUAAUGAAAUUCAACGAAGGCAGCGGUACUCAAUAUCGCCUUAACGAUCGUUUAAUUUUUGGAUUAUUCGUACUUUGGAUUAGUGUCUUUUCAAUAUUAUGCAAGGGCCUCAAAUCGUUUGGUACGAUUAUAGUUGAACUGGGUCCAUUGGCUCUUAUUGCGUUGAUUGUGGUAACUGGGAAAAUGUUAUGUGUCAUUGACUUAACUAAACUUCAGUAUAUUUUUAGCUCAGGGGAAUUGGAUGAUUUUCUAAUUAAUUCAAAAACUUGGGGUGUGGCUGCUCAAGAAACAUUUUUAACUUGGGGUCUAUUGGGCUCAUCCGUGAUCGCGAUUACCAGUCGAACGUGUAGCAAUGCCACAAAGGUCACAUUACGUCGCGAUGCAAUUUUAGUCGUCUUCCUAACAUUCUUAGGCUUGAGUUUAGCGGCUCUUGUUGGCUUAUCAUGUAUUCAGCUAUUAAAUCAAAAUGCUUAUGUUUAUAUACCCGGUUCCUAUGAAACGCUCACAAGUUCCCGAUCAGUUUAUUUAUUAAGCGAGUCGACAACAAAUGCCGAAAUAAUAUCUUUUCCGGCUAAGUUAGUGCCUCAUUAUUCAAGCUUCAUUGGUGAAACAUAUCGACGUCCUACGGCAUUACAUAAAAGUGAAAGCGGUUAUCAAAUGCUGCGUUUUGUAACUGAGCUGUUGCCGUCAGCGGCAGCUGUGGCGAGCAAUCAAAUGUCUUGGAUUUGGACAGCAGUUAUUUUCAUAUCCUUAUUGAUAUUUGGUAUAAAUCAACUUUGCGUUAUGUGGCAAUCAAUUUCAAGUACUCUUGGUAGUUCCACGAGAGCAGUAUUGCUAAGUUGUAUGACCGGUUUGCUGUUAAGCAUUCCAUUCGCCACAGAAGCUGGUGUAAUGCUCUUGCAUUAUAUGGAUUUUUUAUUAGGUGGAGCCUGGUUUAUACCCAUUUUAUGGGUUUCGCAUAUCCUUGGCGUGUUUUUAAUACGUGGUCGUCCUUACAAUGGUGACGAUUUGGUGAAUGAUCUAAAAAUGUCAGGUUCAAUAUCUGCUUUGUUGGCAUUAUCCUGGAAUGUUUUACUUCCCAUUGGCUUGAUUGCGUUAUCGGUGAUCAAUUAUAAAAUCUCGCUAUCUAGUCAAUUGUACUAUUGGAGAGGAAAAUCACAUUUUAGUUACUGGUCGCGUAAAGUGGGAGCUUUAACGCAAAUCGGUUUUCUAUUAUUGGUACCGAUUGCAGCUAUUGUGCAAAUUUAUCGAUACCUGUCAUCAGGUCCGCCCGAUAUACUAGAUAGAAUUCAAUUACUUUACUGCCCACUAGAAGAUAGCAGAGGCAAUUUGCGAACACAUCGGAUGCAUAGCGAAAAUAUUGAACGAUCUGAAGUACGAAAUGUUGGAAAUAAUGCAAACACUAGUUUAACUAAUAACCCGGAUGAUGCACCACCCAAGUACACACCGCCUCCAUCAUAUACAACUGCGACUGGAGCCCGGUUAGCAAAGUUGUUCCGCCAAAGUAUUCGGCGUAGUGUUAGACGAAUUUUGGGGGAUAAUCGAUCACGACCAAUUUUAACCAUGGAAAGUGAACAUUCGGAAUCAAGAUCUAUUCCGCCCGAUUACGCAACUAUAUUAACAGAUCAAUCUACCGCCCUAAGAGAUGUUAAUCCUAGUAUUAGUGAAACAAUUGAAAUUGAUCAUAGGCCUAUAACUAAUGCGCAACGUGCGAAUCGUUCCUUGUCUUUAGGGCGUAAAGAAACCUUGCAGAAGCAUCGCUUUAACGUGAACUGUAUGCGUCCGAUGUCGGGUUCACGUGUUCACGACAUGGACACACCGAUACGUGAACGUUUAGCACGACCACAACGACCCUAUACGGCAGAGGAUGUGGUCACAAUUCUAAGAUCGUCGACAAUUAAUCGAAACAGAACUUACUCGUCGCAUCCGCAAUGUGAAGCGUCAUUUUGUUCUAAUGAAAAUUUAGUGCUUAAUGCCGAACCUCCAGAUCUAAGCGCCGCAAUAGAGACAAAUCGGCCAAAUGAAGUUGCAUCCAAUCGCAGUAGAUCUGCUAUUUAAUUGAAGCGAGUAUUUGUGUUUUUUGUAAGAUUUAGUUUAGUAAUUUAUGUAUGUAGGACACACGUAAACUACAAGUGCUUUAGUCAAUUUUAUUAGAUUUUCAAAACUUCAAUGCAAAUAUGUACAGUGCAGAAGAAAACAAAUGCAAUUUUAAUUACAUUUAUGUAUUAAUGUUAGACCUUUUAAGUUUGGGUUUAAAGCUUGUAGCGUAUUAAUAAAGUCCAUCAAAGUAAUACAUGUUUUGUGUUGAAUGCUUGUCCUCUGAAAUUUUAAAAAUUUCCUAACGGAGCGUAACGUAAUAAAGUUAAAUAGGGACAAGAAGGAAUGAUUGUAUUUUCCGCUUGAGAUAUAAAUUCUUUGCGAGAAUGUCUGAAAUGUUAGAAGCGCACUAUCGCUUAAUAAAAUAUUUCCGGAUAACUCCAGUCAGUUGAUUUCAGAAAUUCACUUUCGUAGGCAUUGACAAACGCUUUAAAAGACAUUUUUGUCCAUAACCAGUUCGAAGUUUUCUCAUUUCAUUGAUAGUAGACUUUGGUCUUUGUCUUGACCUCCUAUAGUGCCUUCUUAAAUGCUUAAUAGUAAUAAUAGGAAAUAUAUAAUCACUUCUGCUUCGUUAUAGCAUUUGUUUUAUGCCACACUGUACAUAUAUAUUCAUAUUUAUUUAUGUAGUUAUAUUAUUAUGUUAAUAAGCUAUUAUUUUGGUAACAAUAAAGUAGAAUC